CGUAGACCCUUUCUUCCUGUGAGACUCAGAGACCCCGAGCACGAUCUCGACAGCCGCGGCGCUUCUCUUGCUUUUGCCGCGACGACCACCAUCACACAGUCGAGUACUGCAGGUCGGACUCUGACCUGACUACCUCGAGCCAUGAGCAAUCUUUCGUCUUCUUCCUCUGUGACUGCAACACCCUCCAACGUGAACAUCAGCGACUACGCAGACCAGCAGCCGCCGCCACCACCCGGCAAGCGGUCUAGUCGGAUCCCAGUCACGCCCGCGGUCCUCCGUUCCAUUUUCGCAUCUUCGCGUACCACUCUGGAGGAGCGGUCGUUGUCUCGGGUUGCAUUCUUCAGAUUCACAGGCUUCCUGCUGAGCUGCGUCGCGAUUAGCUUGUGUGCUGCUAGGGGUAGGGCGAUAAAGAGCGGCGCGGCCUUAUUGGGUGUGGGGGUGGUUUAGAGGUUACAGUCCAGCGGCCUUCCAGGUUCACCUGCUGUACGUACUCGCGCAGCCCUUUCGCAUUCAAGAUAUUGCAGAUGACUCGGACGGAUCCGUUCGCGAUGUAACUCCACAUUGAGGUGAAGAAUCUGCACCUAUGCCGGCGUGGAAGCACGCGGGCAGGAGCGCCGAUA